CGCUCGCUGCACGUGCACGGUGCGCAGGGGGGCGUGUCGCUCGCACUUAACUCGUUUAAAGUUUGUGUUUAAUGGUGGAUUUAAUCCUUGACUUCGACUCGCUCCAGAAGCCAUCCGAAAAGGAAGUUAAGAAGGAACUCAAAAAUGCUCGUGCACAUCGGGGGUGAUACCUCCGAAGUCAACGAACGUCCAACCGCUCGCCGCUCGCGCAGCCGAAAGCGAACGGUGGGGCGCCAUGGGCGCGCGGGGGCCGCCGCGCCCCGGGAGGGGGUGGCAGAGAGUGGCGUCACUGCUACUGCUGCUGCAGCUGGGGUUGAGCCUGGUGGACCCUGCCAACGCCCAGCGGAGGACACCCACGUACUCGAGAAGACCUGAGGUGUUGAACGCUGACGCGCCGUCCGCGGCCGACGACUCCGCCGCCCUCGCCGCCGCCGACCUGGAGAUGAGGCGAUUCGUCCCAAGAGGAUCUUCGUCCAGGUCGACGACGGCGCCACCACCAUCAGCACCGUCGCCGUCCUCUCGCGGCGACCGGGGCAGGGGGCGCGUCCAACAGACGGACGACGACGGCCCCGCGGCAGCACCGGCGCCCUCGCCGUCCUUCCCCAGCCGGUCCAGGUCGAGGGCGUCCCCUGCGGCACCCCUAGUCAGCCCGUCGACGCCGACGCCGUCCUCGAGCAGACGCCGCCCCGAGCAACAGCCACCUCAGCAGCAGGAUACCGCAGACCAGGGUAGGCGCUCGUCGUCGAGGAGAAGACCGUCGUCUUCCGACGGCGUGGACGGGCGUGGAGGACGGGCCUUGUUCUCGGACCCGCCGUCGCCGCAGUCACCGCCGCCGCCGCCCCCACCGCCGCUACCAGCCACGCCGGCCCCGACCUAUCGUCGGCGUGAGCCGAUCCCCACGCCCGCGCCUCUCAACCCCCAGGACGCCGACGAAGAGGGCGGCCGCGCUCGCGGGGGUUUCCGUUCCCGCUCGCGGUCCCGGAGGCCGUCCGCCGUGACCUCCCUGGAACCGUCCCUGACGACGGAGGCCGCCCCUGCGGUGCGCCCGCGCCUGGACGGGGUGGCGACACGGCGGAGGCCGAGCCAGAGCCCAGCCCAGGGUGACUUGCGUCAGUACAAGGCCACCCCGCUGGAGGUAGCCACAGCUCUGCAGCCGGUGCCGCCCGCCGUCCAGAACGCCGCCACGGACAAGCCUUUAGGGCGGGGAAUACACAGGUUUAAGCCUCACUCCAAGGAUGCUACAGCUUCCCAACACUCCGCAGAAAAGGUGCCAGCACUGACAAACAUUCAGAUUGAUGAUUCUGAGAAUUAUCCUCAAGAGUUCAAAGAAAAAAUAAAUAACAACUCUCCCACUAGAUUAACAAGGCUGCCAAGUUUUUCUAGUCGUACCCGACUUGUAUCUGGUCCCCUUGAUUCAAGCAAUGAACCCAGAGUUACAACAAAGUUACGACCAGCAUUAUCGUCAUCUAUUCAAAGCUCAACAGAUUUACGUUCAAGUUUGAAACCGGCGCCACCCGUGGAGCCUCAGGCGAAUGCCCUGGACGACUCUCCGCCGGACGAGGAUGGCGUCUCUCCGCCCCACCGCUUCUCCUCCCAGACGGGUGCGCCCCACCGGCCGCCCCAGCGGCUGCCCCAGCGUCUUCCCCAACGGCCCCACGGCCCCGGCGCGCUGCACCGGCCCCAGCUCGGCCUCCAGUCGUUCCAGCCCGCCAGUCGCGAGGUGGAGGACGAGGCCGCCGACGCGCUGCAGCAGGAGCAGGGUGGAGGGUCUCGCGAGGCGCCCGCCGCGCCCGCCCCGAUCGGCUCGAGGGCCUCCCUGAGGUCGCGGGGCUCGUCGCCGUCCCCGCUGCCCGCGCCGCGGCCCUCGCUGCACCGCUUCGCCACCCUGACCCGCGACAGACGCCCGGAGGCCGUGACGCUGCCGGCGCCGCAGCCCCUCAGCGCCGCCGGCGCCGACCUCCUGGACUCGGCCGAACGGGAACAGGCGACGACGGCGCCGAGCUUCAGGCCCGGCCCGGCCCCCGCCCACGCCCACCAUCGCUUCAAGCCCAUCACCUCGUCCACCGUGCCGCCCCCGCCCACCACGCCCUUUGUGCGCAGCUUCAGCCCCCGGAGCAAGGUGACCAGGUCGCCGCCCACCGCCGAGGACGAGACGUCCACGGUCCCCGCCCUGGCCAUCAGUCGCAGCAAGUACGCGCGCCGGCCCGGACCCGCGGCGUCGCUCCACCGCCUCGCCGUCAGCCCGCGGCCCACCGGGGACGACGCGCCCCGCGACCCGCCCAGCGCCGCCAGGACGCUGGCGCGCCGCCCGCGCCCCGACCUGGACCUGAAGGCCGAGGCCCGCCUCGAGCCCAAGCAGGAGGCCGUCAAGCGCGAACGCUACAAGGUGUCUGCCGGGGCGCUGGCCGGCGCCAAGAACCGCCUCAAGCUGCUCCGGCCCACGCUGGCGUCCGCCGAAGAGGUUCAGGAUCACGACGAGAAGACGAACGAGGCCCUGGACGACGUGCCGGAGUCGGCGGCGGCCUCGAGCAGCCUCGCGCCCCCGGUGUCCGCGGAGCAGAGCAGCACCGAGGCCUCGUCCUCGGAGUCUCUGCUGGCGUCGUCUUCCACAGAGGCGGUGGAGGAGAUCGCCCCCACCGUCGUGCCGAGCACCUCGAGCCGUUCGCCCCUCGUCGGUCGCCCGCGGCCAGCGUACGUCCCCCUGCGCAGACCCAGCACCAAGGCGCCGCUGCUGCUCCCGGCGGCCUCCACCGCUGCCACGCUGAGGGCGUCGCCCACCACGGCCUCGCGGUUCAGCGCUCGCUUCACGGCCUCUAGAGGCCAGCGACGAGGACUGUCCACCGCUGCCUCUCAGAAGACGGAGACGGUCUACAUGGGGCCCGACAUAUCGUCACCCACAGCGCCCACCAAACUCUUCCCCGCCACGGCAGUCCCUCGACACCGGUUCAGCUCCCGCUUCAAGAACACGGACUACAUCUUCGCGGCAGUGGUGCUCCCGCCGGCCCCGCGCGGCCUCGAGGACGACGACGACGAGGACAGCACAGAGGAGACCACGGCGACGACUAGCUUGAUGCCAGCGGACCACCUCGGCGUCGAUGACAACAGCCCGAUGACGACCACAUUGAGCACGCCGCAGAUCAAAGGCAGGGCCCUGGAUCUGACUGAAGAGACCACCACGGAAGCUUCCACCUCGAGCACCACGCCUCCCACCACCACGAGCACCACGCCACCCACCACAACAAGCUCUACCACAAUAGCUACGACUUCAACGACAACGAAGAAGCCCGCGCCGACCACUAAGAAGCCCGCUCCUAACAAGAAACCAGCGACGCCCAGACCAACCACCAAGAAGCCUCCGGCGACGACCCGCAAGCCCACGCCUAAGCCAAAGGCGACGACAAAGAAGCCUCCGGUCACGACGAAAAAACCUGGGGUUACAACAACCAAGCAACCCACUACGAGCACAAGCACUACAACCACAACUACGACCACAUCGGCUGCGCCACCAGAGACCACCACGGAGGUGAUGUACUUUACAAACGCGCCUGUGACUGAGAUCGUAGAGAGGGCGCUCGUUAGGGGCGUAGAGGCUGCCCCUGGGUCUACGACACCCAUGGCAGAGACGGUUUCUGUAAAUGAGACCAGUUUAAUGAGUUCUAUUAGUCCAGAGCCCACUGCUACAUCACCUAGUAGUACUUUGGAUACCGCUGAGGUUGCAAGUACAAGAACUUCCAGUAUCUCCGAAGAACCAAGUGUAAGCACCUCUACCGAGGCCACGACCUCCCCUCUUAUCACAACUUCCGUGGCUACGACGACGACGACAACAGUCAAGCCAAAGACCACUACUAAGAGGCCUAACACGACAAAGAAGCCAAAGCCAACAACGAGAAAACCUGCGACAACCCGUAGGCCAACAACAAAGAAACCAAAGCCGAAACCUACUACUAAGAAACCCACUACAACCACAAGGAAACCAAGCACCACUUCUACCACCAUGACCACAAGUACGACUACCACAGAGAUGCCCACAACAAUGGAUAGUCCAGAGGAGAUAACGACAGUAUCAAGUGUUGCUACGAGUACAACUAUUAGUACUUCUAGUACUACUCCGUCCUCAACCACAAGUACUACACCGUCCACAACCACAAGUACUACACCGUCCACAACCACAAGUACUACACCGUCUACAACCACAAGUACUACACCGUCCACAACAAGUACUACUCCGUCGACAAGUACUAAACCACCCACAACAAGUACUACCCCGCCCACAACAAGAAGUACCCUGCCGCCUACCACAGCUAGUACCCCGUCCACAACAACCACCUCAAGUUCUACCCCAACGUCGACCACUGAAGACGAUGGCCUUGGUGUGGACUUAUCAGUUUUGACUGAUGCUCCCGUUAACGAUCUAAUGGUGAGGGCUCGUAUUGCCGAGGUCAGUGCCGAAACAACACUGCCGCUGCCCUCCUCAACAAUCUCGUCUUCUACAACGGCGUCUACGACCGCGGCGCCUACGACGACAACGGCUCGCAAGCCGACAACGACCACCAGAAAACCGAAAGCGACUACCAAGAAGCCAAACAAUGGCACAACCCGGCGGCCAGCAUCUCGGGGAAACACGACGAAAAAGCCGCCAUCGAAACCAAAACCUACCACCAGAAAGCCGGCCACAACCAAGAAGCCAAUGGUGACAACGGUGAAGCCGAUGGUGACAACGGCGAAGCCAAUGACGACAUCAAAUGCGCCAACCACAGUCACCGCGUCCACUCCGGAAACCAUGACGACAACCUCUGAGGGUGUGGCGGAGGCUCCCGUUGUCAGCACGGCGCGUCCCAUGUUCUUCAGGCCUGCCCAGGGGCGCGCUUUGUCUGACGACGAGUACGUCCCCCGCUUCCAGAUGCGCCUUACCGUCGCCCCGAAGGGAUUCAUGUUUGACACUACACCGACUUCUGGCUCGGAGUCCACGACUUCGCCAAGCUCACUGUUGGCGGAAAAAUCGCCUACGUCAACGAAGUCCUCUUCAACUACUGUAGGCUCGUCGACGACUGAGUCGUCCUCCGAUAAGGACUUUGUUGUCUUUGGCAUCUAUCCUAAUAACACCGUCGUGCGGAAGAACCCCAACGCGGAGGACAUAUACAUGUCGCCCUUCGUCGUCUUUGGCAUUUAUCCCAACAACACCAUUGUACGCAAGUUCCCUAACGGGACCGUGGUCCCAGAAGGCAUCGCCCAGGCUAAUGAGAUCUCCAAGGACGAGAUCGCCGAGUUUGAGGAGCUUGGUCUCCUUCGAAGCACCUCCACCCAAACACCCCCACAAGCACCCUCGCCAUCAACGGUUGCUACAACUACUGCGCGGCCGUCUGAAGAUUUGAAUUCUGUCCUUGGAAAUACGAUGAUACGAUUAACAUGUUUAAAUUCAAACUACCCUUGA